GUGCUCAUAUUGGUAUCUCACCCACCCAACCCUCCCACAGCCCCUCCUGGGCACAGUUUUGAAUGGCCACAAACUACCUCCUCCGCCUCCUCCUCCUCGCUCCUUGUCACUGCUGCGGAGUGCCCUCCGGAAGGCGUGUGUUGGAAGGCGGUUGAGAGUUUUUUUUUUUUUUGCGUGUGCGUGCGUUGAGCUGAGCGCAGACCACCGGGGUGCGAGCAUGGCGACGGUUCACUGAUUCGAUGGAGGCCAGGCGGAAUCAGGAGUUGAUCGUGUGGGACGAGGAAAUGCAGACCAACGUCAACAAGGGCUUCUGCAGCCCGGACGAUGUCCUGCAGCUGUCCGCAGACCAGUCGGCCGGGGACGCUCGCGGAGGAGAGGAGGCGAGGCUGAGGACAGACACCGAUGAUGACCAGUCGGGAGCGAAGGUCAGCAGUCAGCUUUUCGCCUCGCCCCUGGGGCAGAUCGAGCGGCAGAGGGCUUUGGAUUAUGACCCCCCCCAGUCGAUCUCACCCGGUCAGAAGCUCUUCGGCCAACUGGGGGAGCAGGACGACAUCGGGCGCGAGGGCGAGUCGGUCGGCUCAAGAGGUGGGCCCGUCCCGGCGGAGCUCAAAUCGACGCUCGCCCACGCCCUGAGGAAUUCGGGGGAAGGAGGAGACCGACUGAAUGACCAAAUGAGUGCUUUUCCCGGUUACCCGCUCGCCGGGGUUUCCCACGGAAUGUGCCAAAGCAUCUCGGAAAUGGGAGCUUUGAUGGGACCGUACAUCCAGGGCAGCCACGACUCCGCUGGCGAGUCCCUGGUGGACCAGAUGUCGUACGGCUUCGACUUGAGCUGCGAGACCGAGACCGCCCAGUACACCUCGCUGGAUCCGGUGCCCUUUGGGUAUGACGUAGCCUUCGACAGAGACGGUGACGAGAUGGGGCACUUGAGCCCCAGCAACCCUGACGGAGACCUGGACACGCACGGUGACGGCGGUGGCAUGAUGCCCAUUGGCGGGCCACACGACGGACUCCAGAGCUGGUCCAGGACUGAGCUGGUUCUGACGUCGCUGAUGCCCCCGAGCCGCAGGGAACGUGCUUCGGAAGUUUUCCUGCUGCUCCAAAACCCACCCCAGAACGAGACCUCGGCCAGCCACGUUUCCAAAGAGGAGCAUCGAGGAGAUCCCACAGAGGGAAUUCUGAGUAGGCUGAAAGUGGACUGCGUAUCCGAGGCCGAGCGCUACCCAGACAACUGUGAACCCAUUUCAGACAACCAGCACUAUCUCACCAACGCUCCAGAGAAACAGAACUUGCUGGACGAUUGGCCAGAGCCCGAGCGGCAGAUCGACGUCGGGUGCCUGAAGCCGCCGCCCGUUCUCACCGCGGUCACCGAUUGCCGGGCGGCGGUGUGGGAGUUCCCGCCUCCGUCCGGCACGAGCUACGUGGAAGAAGAUGGCGCCUGGUUCACCAGGAAAACCGGCGCCGAGGGAAUGGCUGCGUCUUCCCGGGCGACCGAGGGACGUCUCGUCGGGGCGUGGGGGGAAAGCCGGGCCGUCUUCGAGGACGGCGGAAGCUUCCCCGACGAUCUGCUGCCGGGACAGAGUGAGAAUCGGGAAGUCGGCCAGGAGAGCAGUCGCGUGACUCUGGAGUCUGUCCACGUUGCCGAGAAGGAGCUAGGGCGGGCCUUUCAGCUUCUGGAACCUCCUCUGGUCUUGACGUGCGACGACCGGUCGACCUCUCAGGAAGCCUCCCUCUGCUGUAGCCCGCAAAGCCAGCCGGUGCUGAUGGUCCCAAUGGGCAUCAGUCCCACGCAGAAUGUAGCGGCCAACAGCGGCCAAACCACAUUGUCCUCAUCAGCCGGUGCCUUGAGUCUCGCUUCGCUGCAACCUUCAACCUCAGGGGAUUCGGCCGUCUCAACCUCAACCUUAACCUCAGUCUCGGUCUCAGUUUCAACCUCAAGCAAAGCCACACCUCAGUCACCGUUAGGGUUCGAAGCGAAGGUCCCGCCGUCUAAAGACACGCAGUGGCCAGAGUCCAGCUGUGGCCGUCAGGCAGCGGGGGAGCCCGAAGCCUUGCCUCUGCUCCAGAGUGGGCAGACAUCGGAGCCUGAAGCCCAAGACCAUGCCGGGGAGUCCCUUGGCUUCUCCGCCUCCCCAGACCGCUUGGCUUCAGAUCCGAGCGAAAAGCCAGAGCCGGAUGAUGGGGGCCGGGCAGCUGACGUUUCCGAAAUAAUCGAAGCCCCCGCGGUCAGAAAAACCACUGCCCCCUCGCCGCCGCUCUUGGGGAAAGACAACGAAAGCCAGGACGAGACGGACGAGGCGAGGGGGAGGAGGAGGGAGGUGGUGGUGGUGUUGAAGAGCGGAGAGGUCCUGCCGAUGGAGAUCAAAGCCACCUCGGCGACGGGCUCUCCCCAUCUCCCCCGGGUGCCCAGCGAGACCCGACCUGACGGAGAACCGGAGCCCAGAGCGCCGCGCCCGGACCCCUGCGUCGCGGACGGUCGCGAUCGGGCCGUCAGUCCGGGCAGCCAAGCGGAUUGCCUGGCGGUGAGCGGCGGGGAGAAAGGGUCGGCCCACCGAGGGCGCCAAGUCAUGGUGGACUCCUAUCGCGCGGCGGACGCGGAGGAAACUCGUUCGGUGUGGGGACGCGAACCGGCCUUGUACACCUGCACCAAAUGCAGCGUUUACUUCCAGGAGAAGGAGUUCCUGCGCAGGCACAUGCUGGACCACUUUGAGGGGCAGGCAGAGGACCGCUUCAAAGCCCGGGUGCGCCCUUACUCCUGCCAGGAGUGCGGCCACGCGUUCUGGGACCCUGGCUCCCUCCAGAAGCACCUCAACCUCCACCAGGCGCGGCGGGCACGCUUCAUGGAGGCCAUACAGGAGCUGCGGGGCGAAGCGGCGGGCCCUGCGGACGCCAACCCGAAGUCGCAGCCCAAGACGCACGCUGGUUGCGGGCUGCGCCCGUCGGGAGCCGGGCGCGAUCUCGAGGAGCCUCGCCCGCCACUGACCCGCCCAGCGGACAAACCCCCGCCUGGGCACAGAGCGGUGUUGGCGACGCAAAGGAAGAGCUAUUACGCUUGCGAGAGGUGUCAAUUCACUACCCCGCUGGAGAGCGCCUUUCUCCAGCACCUGAAGCGCGUCCAUCAGCACCUGUACCAAGAAGACUCGGAGAUUUCUCCAGGACCCAGCAAAGGGGCAGCGGGUUCGAGCCCCUGCCCUUUGGACCAACCCGAGUCCUGCAGAGAGGUGUCCAAAGCUUCGAGUCGAUCGGCCCUCAAGGCCGAGAGAGCUCCGUUGCCCACCGGGGGCUGCUACGGAGGGCCUUGGCCUGUCGUGUUCAGUGGGGGCCUGAAGAACAAACCACAAGUCGCCGGCGGCUCAGACGGGGGGAGCUUAAACUUGAAGAUCCACCACUCCCGGCCCGGAGGGAGAAGUUGGCGGGGUCCCAAGAGCAUGCAGCGCACUGUGGCGCUCAGCCGAUCGCUGGAGUCCUCCGGCCCGCAAAAGCGUCAGUUCUCCACGGCCAGGAAAAGCUCCAGCGCCGUGCGCGAGCUCUCGGGCCUGCGGAUGGGGGAUGCUUUCGCCUGCGGGAUAAAAGCCACCGGCCAAUUCUCGCUAGCCAACAGUCCCCUGGGGAACCCGAGGCAGCCGACGCACGUAGAGGGAGCUGGAGAAGAGAGAGGCUCAGACGUUUCGUGUCGAGCUAAGGCGCCAAAUUCCAAGGCCCAAAGCUUCCGUAUUCACCUGGGCGAGUUGAAGAGCCGGCAAGCUGGGAGAGCGAGGAAACGUGCCAAUCCAACCUCUUGCAACCCAAGGGCGUUAAAGAAAGGAACCAAGGAGAUCCUGUUGACGUUGAAUGUUCCUCAGGAGCUUCCGGUUGCUCAGCACCGGCAGCUGCUGAAGAUGACUCCGGUGAUCGUGAUGGGUGGGACAGAUGGACACUGGGAAUGUCGGUCCCUCGAUCCCGGACAGGAAUCGGACUCUCUCCUUGACUAUCCGAGGGACCAGGGCUUGUUGUGGAAGCAGCCGUCCGGGGACCUGUCGGAGGAGAUGGUGAAGGAGUCGGAGGAGCUCCUGAGCAGGAACUUGCUGCGGAUGUUCCCGCUGGUGGAGAGGGAGUGCCCCUACUGCCCGGACAAGUUCCACACAGGAAUCGGGCUGGCCAACCACGUCAGAGGGCACCUCAAGCGAGUGGGGAUCAGCUACAACACGCGGCACUUCAUCAGCGCGGAGGAGGUCACAGCCAUCGAAAAGGAGUUUUCACUGCAGAAGCUGAAGAGGAGGGCUCUGAAGGUCCGUGGUGGGGCUGUGGAGAAGUGUAACCUGUGUGGGGCUCACUUUGACUCGCGGGCUGGGAUGUCCAGCCACGCCCGGGCUCACCUACGGGACCUCCACGUCAUGACCUGGAGCGCCACCAGCUCCCCCAUUGACCUCCUCAACCAGCUGCUCCAUCACCUUGUGCCCCCCGGACCCCCGGAGCCGGCCUCCAACAACCCCAAGCCCAGAGCGAGGCUGAGCCCAGAGCCUCCAACCUCCACUCCGCAUCCAACCUCCACGGAUAACACAACACUCCAGAGAAACAAGGUGGUGGUAAUCGAUCCCGAUGAUGAAGAGGUGUCAACCCUGGAGUCGGAGUUGAGAUCGGAACACAUCUCUGGAAAGUCGGACCUCCAGGAGAAAAAUGGAUCGGUGACAGCGAUUGACACUAACUCACAGGGGACUCCAGUCCAUUCCAAGCCACAGUCUCUUCCUAAACCUGCCUCAGCUCCCCUCGGAGAGGAGCAGUCACUGCAGGCCAACAAACUGCUGAAUUCGUGUCAGUUGUGUGGGACCUGCUUUGAGACUCGUAAAGGUCUGUCCAGCCACGCGCGUUUCCACCUGAGACAGUUCGGAGUGUCAGACUCAGAGAGCAGCGGUGCUCCCAUCGGGACACUGUACGAACUGAUGAAAAGGAAGGGGAUUCCUAGUGUUUUACCCUCAGCGUUGGCCAGUGGCAAGCCACCAAGCUACGCACCAAAGGAAGGCUCCGCUAUAAAGCAGGGGGCUUCCGGUAAAUUGCCCGGAGAAGAAUUUCAGGACGAAACCACGCACACACCUAAAUCACCAAAACUGGCCAUGGGCAGCCCGUCCAAGGGGCAGUCUCCCACGGCCCCGUCGCCACUCAAAAAAAUACAUCCCAUCUUACCAAAGCCGUUGUCCAAUAAAUCUCCAGAUCAAGAGAAAUCCGAGGCUCCUCCGUUGAACACUCCUCAGACUUCAGGAGAGCUGCUGUCCAAGAAACUGUUCUGGUCUCCCCAAGACAACAACACGCCCUUAAACCUCACUGUGAAUAGUGAGCACAUAAGCUGCCAGUUGUGUGGUGCCUGCUUUGAAACGCGGAAGGGGCUCUCCAGCCAUUCCCGAGCUCAUCUGAGACACUUUGGCGCUGUGGACGUGGAUUCUAAAGGAUCACCCAUCGAAGCUCUGAACGAGUUCAUUAGGAAGAAAGGGAUCCAGGGCGCUUUGUCAACCAUGGUGCCCUCGGAGAAGACACACAAUUACGACCAGAAUUCCCUCCUGAAAGAGGGCAGAAGCCAUUUCAAAUCUGCCUUGGAGACAGCAGCGGGCAAGAAGGAAUCUGCGAAAUCUCCUCUCAAGUCUCCUUCUGUCAAAUCCCCCUCGGCCAAAUCGCUCUCAAUGAAGUCGUCCUCGUUGAAAUCGCCCUCCAUGAAGUCUCCCUCUGUGAAGUCCCCUUCCAUGUCCUCGCAGAAGAAGCCCAAACACGUGACCAUGCGAGUGCAAAUGGAGUCUGGGGUCUCCAUGACUUCGAGAGACCCGAAUGGGCUGCCGUCAGAACCGUACUGGGCAACAUCACCUAUCAAUCUAUCCAUUGGUUCGCAUCCCAGCAAAGACACGCGCUGUGAAUUCUGCGGCGAUUAUUUUGAGAACCGAAAGGGGCUGUCGAGCCACGCCAGGUCCCACCUCAGGCAGUUCGGGGUGACCGAGUGGACUGUCAACGGUUCCCCGAUCGACACCCUGAAGGAACUGAUGAAGAGAAAGAUCCACGCUCCGGGAUCGAUGACCAUGUCCGGCCACAAAAUGCCCUCGAAACCGUCGGGAAACCUGAUGAAAUCCACCUCCGAUCAGCUCGUAGACGAACGUUAUCCGCAGCCGGCCAACAAGUCCUCCAAGUUCAGUCUGAACAUUUCCCCCAUCGGAGAGGUUCCCUCCGGCUCGCUGGUCCCCAAGAAGGUGGGAGGGGGCUAUCUCUCCCCACCCCCUCUGAAGAAGAUGAAACCGGCCCCGCUGAAGAAAGUCAAGCAAGAGUACGUGAAAGUGGAGUUCAACCCGGAGGAGGCAGCGGGCUCGCUGAAGAGUGAGCAGUUCUCGUCGCAACAGAUGUGGCAAGAUGGCGCCGCGCCCCUCCAUCUAACAGUUAAUCAACCCAGCAAGGCGAUCCGCUGUGAAUUCUGCGGAGAUUAUUUUGAGAACCGCAAGGGACUGUCCAGCCACGCCAGGUCACACCUGAGGCAGUUCGGGGUGACGGAGUGGACGGUUAAUGGGUCCCCGAUAGCCACACUACGGAAGCUGGUGAAGAGGAAGGGCAAAUCCGGCCCCUUUAGGCAUGAGCCACAACAGGAGCCACCAAACUACCUGUACGAGGACAGAGCUGUUUCCAAACCGUACAUCAUCAAGUCGUCCGUCAAAGAGCUGCAACAAGACCUCCUCUCGCCUUCCUCAGGGAAAGUGUUAAGCUACUUGCCCAACAGCCAGCCGCAGCCCGUCUCGCCGAUAGGCAAGAAGAUACCAAUGGGGUUUGUGUCGACUGCCCCCCAGAAGAAACUGACGGCGGAGGGAGGGAGUGUGUCGGCAGAGCUGAAACCAAACUACCCCCCUUCAGAAACCGGCUCCUACAAACCAAAGUCUGCCUGGUCCCCACAGAAGGUACCAACGUCCCCAGGAAUCUCUGCGGAUACCUGCUGUGAACUGUGCGGCCACUACUUUGAGAACCGGAAAGCUUUAGCUAGCCACGCCCGGGCCCACCUUAGGCAAUUCGGGGUGACCGAGUGGCACAUCAACGGCUCCCCGAUCGACACGCUGAGGGAAUGGAUCCGUCAGAAGCCCACCCUUCCCUCAGCCACCCCGCCGGGCCCUCCUGAACGCCCCAUCCCAAAGCCCUACAAGAACCACGUCAAGCCCUCGCCUAAGGAGCUGCCAUUGGAGCGCUGCUCACCGCCGGUGGGUAAGAUGGUGAAGCUCGAACCUGCCCAGCCCAAACUCGUCCAGCAAACGUUCCCAGCUUCACCCGGGGUGCACAAGACUCUCGAGGCAGAUACCAUGCUGCAGUCCGAGUGCCUCAUCCCCACAGAUCUGAGCCAAGGCAGCCUUCUCGAUUGCCCCCCCAGCUCGUCCAUGCCCUCCGAGGACGAGGAGCCACACCUGAAGAAAAAGAGAAAGCACCCAGUCAAGUUAGGAACCUGUGAGUAUUGCGGAGUGACACUAACUACUGGGGUAGGCCUCUCCAACCACAUGCGUGGCCAUCUGAAAUCUGGAUUGAAAAGGAAGUUACCGGGUUUGGCUCAGUUCGAGGAACUUCACGAAAGGGCUGAUCCUGGGCUCACCGACACAUCUGCCGACCGCAAGCCGCAAAAGUCAGCCCUGUGCGGGGAGAAUGUGCCGCCCAGGUUCGAGGAGGGCAAGGAGUCCAAAACCUUCAGGCCCAAACUGGAGGAGGCUCGCCCGCCCAGGGUCAGACCCAUGAUCUUCCCGGUGCCAAAACCAGAGCCCCUCUCGCUGGUCAAGUUCAUAGGAAACAUCUACACUCUGAAAUGCAGGUUCUGCGACGUUGAAUUCCAUGGCCCCCUCUCCAUCCAGGAGGACUGGGUGAGACAUCUGCAACGACACAUCCUAGACACAAGCUUCCCGAAGGCAGAGGCACCUCGCAAAGAGAUCUCCGUACCAGCCGAGCCAGAGAAAUCAGCCGGCUGAAACGCCUGGCUGCUACCCUUCCCCCUUCUCUGUAGGCCUGGGUAACGUGGGCAGAGUGAGCACGCCCGCGCGCGUGCGUGUGUGUGUGUGUGUGUGUUCUCUCUCUCUCUCUCUGACGCCAACUUGAUUCUGUGUUUCUUCUAGUUUAGUAUCGUUCGGGGAAAGAUUCUUUGCCUUGAAACAAGUUAAAUUGAUGUGUAGUAAUGAGAGUAUCUUAUCUGCCUUAUGUGGAUUUUUUAGAGUUACCUUCAUACAGUAGAAAUGUUAAAGGAAAAAAAAACUGUAGCCCCCCCCCCC